UGACUAAUGAGAAAGAGCGACUGCCCAAAGGGUCCUCCCACAGAAGGGGAAGAAGAGGUGGCCGCGGCGGCGGCGGCAGUGGCGGUUGGACACUGCUGGGGCCGGGCCCGCGGUCGCCCCGGGAGCUUGCUCUUUGCAAUCUCCGCGCCCGCCUCCAGCUUUGAUUCGGCGCCGUAUGUUCUUUUGAGCUUUCUCUGACCCACCUAGCCAGAUCUCGGACCCAAACCAUGUUCCCAGUGAAGGUGAAAGUGGAGAAAUCAGAGCUGGAGAUGGCCAAAGCCCGGAACCAGCUGGACGCCGUCUUACAGUGUCUCCUGGAGAAGAGUCACAUGGACAGAGAGCGGCUGGAUGAGGAAGCCGGGAAGACGCCCUCGGACCCCCACGCUAAGGAUUGCUCCAUUGCGGCCACUGGCAAAAGGCCGUCUGCGCGCUUCCCUCACCAGCGGAGGAAGAAGAGGAGGGAGAUGGAUGACGGGCUGGCUGAGGGAGGGCCACAGCGGUCCAACACGUACGUGAUCAAGCUGUUCGACCGGAGCGUGGACUUGGCCCAGUUCAGCGAGAACACACCGCUGUACCCGAUCUGCCGUGCCUGGAUGCGCAACAGCCCCUCAGUGCGCGAGCGUGAACGCUCGCCCGGCUCCCCACUGCCCCCCCUGCCUGAGGACGAGGAGGGUUCAGAGGUCACCAAUAGCAAGAGUCGUGACGUGUACAAGCUGCCUCCACCCAUGGCCCCUGGGCCACCCGGAGACGCCUGCAGAACCCGCAUCCCAUCCCCGCUGCAGCCGGAGACCCAGGGCACCGCCGACGAUGAGCCUUCCGAGCCCGAGCCUUCGCCCUCCACGCUCAUCUAUCGCAACAUGCAGCGCUGGAAACGCAUCCGCCAGAGGUGGAAGGAGGCGUCUCAUCGGAACCAGCUCCGCUACUCGGAAAGCAUGAAGAUCCUUCGGGAGAUGUACGAGCGACAGUAGCGUUCCUGCCCCAAUAAACACCCUCAGUUCCACACUGA